AUGAAAGGCAAACCCAAUAAUCUUGUUGCUUUUACUAUUAGUGAUUGGGCUGGUUGUGCAAAUGAUAGGAGGAGUACAACAGGUAAAAUAGAGUUGCGGCAUUGCAACACAGAGGAACAACCAGCUGAUAUUCUCACAAAGGCUUUGGCAGAAGAUAAAUUCAAGAAAUUUCGGUCCAUGAUGGGAGUGCAAGCCCUCAUUGAAUUAUGGGAGGAAAUGUAUAACGCAGAGGUACUUGAUUCGUACGAGCAUCUUCUUCUCGAUGUGACUGAUGGACACAACCAUCUAUUCAUGAGAAAUGAUGAGCUUGAAGCUGCAUGGAAAGUUUUAUCUCCAAUUCUGCAAGAGAUAGACAGCAAAAGUAUGGCACCAAAGCUGUAUGAGUUGGGAGGUAGGGGUCCAGUUAGAGCCUUCUAUCUCUGGGCAAAACAUGGGGUUCAAUGA